GAGUGUGUCAUGUUUCUCACUAGCUGCAGUUGGUAAAACUAAUAAAAAAGAUAAAUUUUGAGGCUAAAAGUGACUGCCUCAUGGGGUUAGUGAUUCCAGCUAGCAUUGACUUCGGGCACACCGCAGAAUGUUUUGGGAGCUCUACAGAAUCUCUCGUGCAGACUGCAGAUCACUGUCCCAUGUUCUGCAAUGCACCUGAAGAAAUUGCUAGCUGGAAUGCAUAUUAGCGGACCGCUAGAUUUUAUAAUAGAAUUGUAAAGAUGAAAAUGUAAUUAUGUUAUGCAGUCAGUUGCACUGUAAUCACCAGUGAUGGUCGGUCUAUGUUUUUUAAAGUGAUUUUUAGUAUUUGGGAUUAAUAAUCACUUCAGUGUCAAAUUAACCGUUUUCUGUAAACUAAACCAUGAAUAACAUAUUAGAAUUCAGAUUUGUAAGUCGGAGGGGAACAUUUUUACCCAUGAUCAUACUCGAUGAUGUGUAUUGGCUCACUGAAGUUUAAUAAAAGAGACGCCACAGGUCAGACAGACCGAAACUUAGUACUGCUGCCCUGAAUCAAGUGGAAAAUUGUACUGUAGGUGCAGUGGUUCUGGAUAUUUCUUGAAAAAUUCCUCGAGAUAGGCCAUACUGAUUCUGAUUUAUUCUACUAGUACUGCCUUCAAAAUUUCGAUUGCUUUCUGUAAUAUCAUCCAUUAAAUAAUUCUGUCCCACUCACGUUUUUGAACCAUAUUUGAAUCAUAUUUUUGUGUGCCCUUUUGAUGUUUGCCACUGGGCCGAUUCAUUUGGGCACUGUUCUUACUAUAGUCCAUCACUCAGUUAUUUACUAAGGGUGGUUCUAAUGACGUUUUUGAAACGUGUUUCCAAGUCAAGUUUGAGAAUGAAGCAUGUUGCAGGUAAUUGAUUAUUUGGAGAAAGAAAUAUUUGAGACCAGGGACUAGAAGUUGAGAGUUGUUAGUCCAUCAAUAAGAUAGUAAGUAGCUGUGGUAGGUUAAAAUCUUCAAGGCAUAAAUUUUAUUCGAAUGGUGCAAAAAGCUAGUGAUGCUGCAGCUUAAGACGUUUUCAUACACAACUAACAACUGAUAUUAGCAUGCAUUCCUCUAUUUUUCCUCUAUUUAUGAAUAGCGAUGAAACAUUUUGGAUAUAUCUCUUAAGGUUGUUCGAGUGAUUAUUUUUUUUAUAUCAUUUUAACUCCGUCUUUGAUGGAUCUCUACUAUGCUCUGCUUUGUCAUGUUAAUUUUUGUUAAUGUUGUGUCUGAAAUAAAACAGAUAAAAGCGCUUGUUAAGACUUCUAACAAGAGGUUGUUUUAAAAGAUAAUCGAGGGAUUGUAGCAUCUCUUUUUAUUACAAAUAGAGACUAAUUUUGUUGUUAGCAGAUUUGGUACAUCUUGUUUCAAAACACUCUUGGUUAUUAAAUCUCUAGCCACUCCGUCAUGCAAUGUAUGAAAGUGAUCUAAUGGGAAUUUCAGCCCUCAUAUAUUUAGAACGGAUUUUACUUAAAUUACCCAAAAUUAAAAGAUCAUACUAGAACAACUAACUUCAUAAGUCAUGUAGCAGUUUAACUUUAGAAUUCUGUUUAAUGUCUUGUUAUUUUAUUACCUUAAACAAAAGUUUCAAUCACAUAUUUUUCAUUAUUUUGUUAGGAAACAAUAUGACCUCAUCGAAGGGAAAGUGUAAAACACCAUUUUCUGAAUUGGUUUCUAAUUUGGAAGGUCGUUCGUCAUAUAUCUCCAGAUUAAUCGCUCAAAGUUCUGCCAGAAAUGAGUUGGAUGAUCAUCACAAUUUAGAAACAAUCUUUUCAAAUCUUGUAACGCAAUGGCGUAUGAUUAUGUUAAAAACGGGAGAUACAAUCCUGAGCCAUGCUUUAACAGAUUUCCUCAAUGACUGUGCUAGCAAUACGACUAAGGCGUUUUCACUUCUUGAAAUGUUUUUAAAAUCAUCGAAUAAUUCUCCUUAUUGGUUGCUACCAAAAAAGUUCAUGAUGCGUCUAGUUUACAUAUUUGAAGAACUUUGUUCUGUAUUGCCUAACGGUGUUCCAAUAAGUGAAGAAUAUCAUUUUGUUAGACAGGAAACAGGAAUUUGGUGGGAUACAGUAUUUGGUAAAAAAUACUCUGUUUCAUGGAAUGGAUUUCUACAAGCAUUUACCGGUGAAUUUGGUAUCACAGAUGGUCAUAUGCAUGAACCGCUACAUGAUACAUUCAGUUUUGCUUCAGAGGAUUAUGUAUCUGUUUAUGCUUUGGAUAUAUUUUCCAGACUCUUUCCUCCAUGGAGAAAUUGUUUCAAAGUUUGGAAAAAACUAAUCUAUGAACAUCCUGCCUUUAUGCCUUGGUCAACAUUUAGUGAUGCUCAUAAUUUACUUCUUAAAUUUACCACCAAACCUGGAACCUUUGUUUUUCGUCUGAGUUGUAAUAAUAUUGGAUUCUGGUCUGUCGGUUAUGUAGGAGAAGACGAAAAACCUGUUCAGAUUGUAUGUCGUUCUCAUUAUCUAGCUGAUUAUCUUGAAGAGACAAAACACAGAAAACUGUGCAUUUUCCCACGAGGUCUUGAUUCAAAUCAAAAUCCAGACCUCAGUGAAAUUGUAAAUCAAACUCAGAUGUGUAUUGUUAGUCCUACGGAUAAUCGAAACUCUGAAUCUGUCCUGUCAUGUGGUAUAUGCAUGGAAUUUGAAAAAACAGUUCAACUUGAACCGUGUAAACAUCAUUUAUGUUUAAAAUGCUCAAUCAAAUGGAUACCUACAGUUAAAGGAUGUCCAUUCUGUCGACAAACUGUGUUAGCAACAACUUCCGUACAAUUCUUUCUGAAUAAUGCAAAAAAUUCUUCACCCAAUGAUUUUAUCAUUUCUGGUUUAUCUUUCAAAAGAGGUCUACCAGCAUCAAGAAAAGGUUCUUUACCACUCCGACUGCCUAAAGACAAUGGAGAAGGAAGUUCAACUGCUAAAAGAAAAGGUCUAACUCUGACUUUACCUUCAGAUUUUAACGAGAAAAGUUCCAGUGUAUCAAUCAACCCUGCAUGUACCAAACUUGAUCGUACGGAAAGUCAACUGGAUCAGUUUUCUGAAUUACAUUCUCAAAAUCUAAACUUAUCUGGAGCGCAGAGUGAAAGCAACUUAUUGGCACAAGCACACAACAGUGAAGCCCGUAACAAUGACGUUGGCUUUACAAACAUGGAAGACUAUCCCAUAGAAGAAGUUAGCCGCGCACUACGAGUUGCUAAAGGUGAUGUGGAAAUCGCUAACGCUAUAUUACAGGAGUAUUGUUUAAAAAUAAUUAAAAAAUAA